AUGGCUUUUUGGACGGGUGAAAAGAACGUAGCUUGCGGUGCGUUGCCGUCCUGGUGCAACACCUCAGCUUUGCGGCUUACAAGCUGGCCUGGACGUACUCCGGCCACCUCUCCGAGAGCAGCUGCGGCUCCGCGCGGCCAAGGGCGGCAGCGGCGCCCGGGCUCAGAGGCGAGCGCGCCAGGGAGACGGGAGGAAUCUCCUCCUCACCUUGCACCCAGAUUCCCUGCGGGAACCCGACACGCCGCUGCCCCGCGCGGAGGCGCCCGAGGCCUGCGCGGGCAGCGCCGCCUCCCCGCACGGUUUCCCCCUUCCCGUCGGCAUUCCCGGGAUUUGAGGGAGCCGCUUUCGGCCCCGCCUGGCGGGAGGAGCGGGGCGCUGCAGGGCCCGGGCCCGCCCCGGGGAGGCACCGCGCAUGCGCAGAGGCCGCUGCUCCGCAACCGCCGGCUGAGCGCUCGCGGCGGCGCCGCGGAGGAGCGGGGCGGAGGGGCGGGGGAGCCGGCGGGGGACGGGGUGCGCGCCGCCAACCGCCGCCAACCGCCGCCAACCGCCGCCAUGUGGAAGCUGGUGCCCGCCGCGGGAGCAGGGGAGCCCUACCGGCUUCUGGCCGGCGCGGAGUACGUGGUGGGGCGCAAGAACUGCCCCGUCCUGCUCCAGGAUGACCAGUCCAUCAGCCGCAGUCACGCCGUGCUCGCCGUGGGCCGUCCCGCCGCAACCCCCAGCCAGUCUCUCUCAGGCCCUGUAUUAACGAUAAAAGAUACCUCCAAAUAUGGUACUUUUGUUAAUGGAACAAAACUGGAUGGUGCUUCAAGGACUUUGCAGUCUGGUGACAGAGUCAAUUUUGGAGUGUUUGAGAGCAAGUUUAGAGUAGAAUAUGAAUCCUUAGUUGUCUGUUCCUCAUGUUUGGAUGUUGCUGAAAAAACUGCUCUGAAUGAAGCCAUCCAACAGCUGGGAGGCCUUGUAGUGAAUGAAUGGACCACCAAGUGUACUCACCUUGUUAUGGUGUCAGUAAAAGUUACAGUUAAGACUAUAUGUGCUUUGAUUUGUGGUCGACCGAUUAUAAAACCAGAGUUUUUUGUUGAAUUAAUCAAAGCCAUUCAGUCCAGACAACAUUUGCCAGCUCCUGAAAGCUUUUAUCCCCCAGUUGAUGAGCCUUCCAUUGGUACAGAAAAACUGGAUCUAUCUGAGCAUCAUGAAAGGAAAAAGAUAUUCAGUGGAAAAACUUUCCUUUUUCUAACUGCCAAGCAGCACAAGAAACUGAGUCCAGCAGUCAUUCUGGGAGGAGGAGAAGCRAAAUUGAUGACAGAGGGAAAAAAAGAAACUUCUUUCCUGGUUGAUCCUAACAUUUGUGUUGUUGAUAUUGGCCUGACAAACUCACAGAUCCCAGUWUCUGAGUCUGUGAGAAACUGGACUGAUUCCAUUCUGACCCUUCUGCACAGCAAGGACCUAAGGGCUAUUCCCGAGGCGGAAAUCGGACUGGCAGUUCUCUUCAUGUCUACAGAAAGGUACUGCAACCCUCGAAAGCAGCCUGGGGACAAAGCUGCAUCUAAAGCUGCUUCUGCAGCAGCUGUCCUGGGGCCAGCCAUUUCCCAGAGUUUGGCUGUGGAUGAAACCGUGGUGCCAGCGACUGUGGAGAGCGCAGCGUACGUAGCUGACACGCAGCUGGAAGAGCCGGCCUGCAUGGGGACAGCAAAAACUCCCCAGAUAGAUAGAAAAGGAAAAACGGCUUUCCAGGAUAUAACCACUGUAAAGGAAAAGCCUAAUAUAAGUGGCCAUGUAAAUGCAGGAACCUUGACACCUAGAAUGAACAAAACAUCUGGAUUUAGCCAAAAAAGUCAGCCUCUUUCACCCUGUAAAUUUUCAGAAGUGGCUAAAGCUAGAGAGAGUGCCUCCCAUCAGCAGUCCUACUCAAUUACAGACUACUUCCAGGUAGCCAGAGGGAAGAGAGAAAGAACUGAAGAAGCAGGAGAAACGUCUGUACCGAAACUGGCAAAAUUGGAGAAAGGUUUGUCACCCGUUUUCAAGCAGACUCGGCCCACGGCUUCAUCAGUGGGGAGUGUCAAAGCAGAACRGCAUCAAAAGGAAAAUACCAUUCUGCACAAAAAAGCAGAUUUUGCACUGGAAGACACAGGUAUAAAGAGGGAAGCUGGUAAACCAGCAAAUGAUAAAAUGGACAAUAAYGAAAAGCAGGCACCAAAGAAGAGAAAGGAGAUGGAGGAUUUGUCUGAAGAUACAGAGGCACUAGAAAUUGUGUUUGGAAGCAGAGACCUGGACUGGAAAGAUGACACAGGAGGUCAUGGCCAGAAAUCCCAAGGCAAUAUGCAAAAAAAAAGAUGUUUGGAAGCAAGAGGAAGCAGAACUGAAGAAGUAAAUGCUACAGCAAGAGAGGAGAGUAAAAUACAAAAAGAAGAGGAACAUGGAUCAGUUCUAACUCCUGAAAAGAAAAUGGGUAUCAAGCAAGAGCUGCCAGCCUUGAACCACAACAGUCUUCAAGAUGACUCCAGCCAUCUUCCCAGCAGACUGCUGCUCACUGAGUUCAGGUCACUGGUUGUCAGCCAGGCAAGACCAAACAGUCACCUCUUCACAAACACCCGUUAUGGGGGACAGAAAAAUUUCAAGACCUUCAAAAAGGUUGCUUACCCAGGGUCAGGACAACUUCCAUACAUCAUUGGAGGAUCAGAUUUGAUUGCUCACCGUGCUAAAAAGAGUUCAGAGCUAGAGGACUGGUUAAGGCAAGAACUAGAGGAGCAGAAUCGACAUGCAAGGGAAGAAUCACUUGCUGAUGAUCUCUUUAGGUAUGAUCCUAGUGUGAAAAGGAGAAGAUAAAUUGUGACCUGAAUUUACAGUACUUCUCCAGCAAAGUCUGCUUUUUGCUGCUUAUGAAUAU